UGCUGGGACAGAUGCCUGGGAAUCGGGUUGAUGAGUGCCCCUGGGUGAUCCUCAUGUCUUGGCAGGCAUGAAGCGUGAGGCAGGCGAGGAUCGCGACUUCGACGCCCAGAUGAAGAAAGCCAAAGUCGGCGACACAGAGAUCAGGCUCCUCAUCCCCAGCAAGAGUGCUGGGUCCGUGAUCGGGAAGGGAGGGCAGAACAUCUCCCGGCUCAGGAACGAGGUUAGCAUCACGGCAGGGGAGGAAGAUGCCCUGAAUGUCCUUCACGAAGCCAUCCCUCUUCUGGAUGAGGUGGUGCAGACCAUGAAGAGCCCGUCGACCCAGGGCACCGAGGUGAGGAUGCUAGUCCAUCAGAGCCAGGCUGGUUCCAUCAUUGGCAAGGGAGGCAGUCGCAUAAAGGAACUCAGAGAUGAGACAGGAGCAAACAUUCGCAUCUAUGGGAUCUCGUGCCCUCAGAGCACCGACCGAGUCGUCCAGAUCACCGGAGAACCUGAGGUGAUCCUCAAUUAAUGCACCAGCUACCCAGCUAGCCUGGGCUCCAUUGAUUGCAUCCCUAUUGACACCGUUGGAGGUGGGCGGGGUGUUCAUACGUUGCUCUCCUCCCAUUGGCCUACCCUGGGUUACUUCUACCCUGGUUGUGCCCUGGUUCUCCUCAGUUCCCACUGCAUCACCCACCUCAUCAACUGCUGCUCCCGGUUUUCACCCGACUUCAUUUCGGCUUUGCAGAAUCCAGCCAAGGGUCCGGUGAACCGCUAUGACCCGCACCACUAUGAUGAGUACUUUGCCCCAGAGUAUGGAGGUUGGGGAGAUGCCUCGAAGGCAAGCAAGAGGGCUGCAGGGAGCAUCCCACCUCCAGGGAAUUCUCCCAUGGGCCGACCUGAAGUCCCUCCUGUUCACAUCUCACACGGGCAUAUGCAUGGAGGACGGGGAGGAGGUGCAAUGGGACCAGGUCCUGGAAUCUUCACCCCUGUGCAUCAUGGAGGCAUAAGACCCCCUCCACCAGAUUCAGUGAUGGGAGAUCCAAAGCCACUGCUGAGCAUGAAUGGGAGUGAUGGGGAGCCUGUCACCCAGCAGGUCACCAUUCCAAAAGAGUAUGCAGGGGCAAUUAUUGGGAAGGGAGGAGCAAGGAUUCGAAAGAUCCGCAAUGACUCAGGAGCAGGUAUCUCGAUCGAGGAGGCUCUCCCGGGAUCAAAUGAGAGGCUUAUCACCAUCACAGGCACUCCCACUCAGAUUAACCUGGCUCAGUAUCUCAUGCAGCAGAGGUAA